CCUGAUAAACCAUGAUACUGAGCGUAUAAAACACCACCACUGAAUAUUCUGUACAAUAACACAACAAUCCCAUUGGAUGUUAUUAAACUGGACCUGGGGAUUGCUGGGAAAUCUGAAUCUGGAAAAGAUCUCCCAGAUUGUGAAUGUGGGUUUAUUGAUCUAUGAAGGCACUCAGGCAAUGGCACAGGCUGGCGUUCUAGCGGUGGCACUGUGUGGAUUACUGGUUGCCCGGGGCGACCUAAUGAAACAGGCCCGCACACCUUUGCUGCCCAAUCGGCCGUUUGUAGUCUUGUGGAACGCGCCCACUGAAUCCUGCCGUCUUCGAUUCAAGGUGGAUUUGGACCUUAGCGUCUUUGACAUUGUUGCUAACCACAACGAGACCCUGAGCGGCCCCAAUGUGACUAUCUUUUACCAUAGCCACCUUGGUUAUUACCCCUAUUACACCAGCUCUGGAAUUCCCAUCAACGGAGGCCUUCCUCAGAACCAGAGCUUGAGCAAACACCUCAGCAAAGCCCGAGCAGACAUUGAUAAGCUCAUCCCCUUCAAGGACUUUCACGGCCUGGGCGUCAUUGAUUGGGAAAAUUGGCGUCCGCAGUGGGUGCGCAACUGGGGCUCGAAAGACAUCUACCGGAACAAGUCCAAGGAGCUUAUAAGGAAACUGCAUCCGAGUUGGCCGCAAAGCAAGGUGGAGAAUGAAGCCAAGGAGAUGUUUGAGAAAGCUGGACUGGCGUUCAUGAACUCCACGCUUCUGCUGGCCGAAAGUCGUCGGCCGCACGGCCUCUGGGGUUUUUAUCUCUUUCCUGACUGUUACAAUUAUGGUUACAAGCAGCAUCCAUUGCGUUACGGUGGAGAAUGUCCUAAUGUUGAGCACGUUCGCAAUGACCACCUGAUGUGGCUGUGGAAGGGGAGCACAGCCCUCUAUCCUUCCAUCUAUCUCGACUAUGAACUCAAGUCCUCACCCAACACGGUGAAAUUUGUGCACUAUCGUGUCAAGGAGGCCAUGCGGAUUGCCUCAAUUGCUCGGAAUGACUAUACAUUGCCGGUUUUCGUCUACUCGAGGCCCUUUUAUGCCUACACAUUUGACGUUCUGUCAGAGAGUGACCUGAUCCACACUAUAGGAGAAAGUGCAGCGUUGGGGGCCACUGGAGUCGUCCUGUGGGGUUCUUCUGAAUAUUCAAGAUCUGAGAGAAACUGUUUAACCGUUAAGAACUACAUCGACGGUCCACUGGGUCAUUAUGUGAUCAACGUGACCUCGGCUGCCAAGUUGUGUAGCAAAGCCUUGUGCAAGAAGAACGGCAAAUGUGUCCGUAAGAGUCUGGACUCAUGGGCCUACCUGCACCUCAACCCUCGUUUCUUCAACAUCCAACUCAACCGAGGCAUCCAUGGACCACGCUUCCAUGUCAGCGGCCACCUGAACAAUCUCGACAUCCUGGAUAUGAAGCAAAAGUUCACCUGCCAGUGCUACCAAGGCUGGACCGGCAUCUACUGCGAGAUGCCUCAGGAAGCGAAGUCCAUCGCCCCACACCCAAGGAACGGUGUUUUGGGAGAACUGCUGGUUGUGUUGUCUCUGCAUUUCUCCUGUCUGUCUGCCAUCGUGUUCUUGGGUCUUUGCCUCAUCCUUAAGUGUCUGAUACUGUAAGACUGAUGUCUGGUUUAUUUUGCAAUUGUAACUCACACUGGGAGGUUGUCACAAAGGUUACAUCUCAGUUACGAUAAAGUAUAAUUAAAGGUAUAGUUCACCCAAAAAUGAAAAUUCUGUCAUCAUUUACUCACCCUCUUGUCAUUUCAAACCUGUAUGACUUUCUUUCUUCUGUAGAACACAAAAGAAGAUAUUUUGAAGAAUGUUGUUAACUGGCACCAUUGACUUGCAUUGGUUUGGUGUCCAUACAGUAAAAGUCAAUUGGUGCCGGCAUUGUUCGGUUAACAACUUUCUUCAUACAAGUUUAAAAUGACAAAGGUCAUAUAUACAGUAAAUGAAGAUAUUUUGAAGAAAGUUGGUAACCGAACAAUGCCGACACCCAUUCACUUCUAUUGUACAGACACAAAACCAAUGCAAGUAAAUGAUGACAGAAUUUUUGGGUGAACUCAUUAAAACAAAUGUGCAUGUUCUCUAUAGUGUGUUUUAAAUAUGUUUAAACUAUACAGUACAAUAUCUGUUUGUCAAAACAAAGAUUUACCUGUUAUGUUUUAUGAAUGUGUUUUAUAAUUGUUUCCCUGGUUACAUUUCUGAAGAGUCUGAAUAGUUGUCAGUCUAACAGCAUCUUAUUUUGGGACAACUUACCCCAUAUGCGUACCCUGCUAUAUAGGCAAUGUUAUCACUGGGGUGGGAUGGAAAUGUUCAAUAACUUUUUUCGUAGCCAAGAAUUUCUUGACAUGUCUUGAUAAAAAGCUGGUCAUGGUCCCCCAAACAUGAAUGCACUUAACUGGUUUAGACCAACAUAUUUUCUAUUCUAUAUUUAAAAAAUAUCCAACAAAGUAAUGAAUGGACCACAUCUUCUCUUUUUAUUAUUAUUAUUAUUUUGUCGUAUAGGAAUCUGUUUCUUUCCCACACAAACUGAGGUGAAUUUUCUCAACUAUUUCCCAAUAAAUAACAUAAAAUUGUAGUUGGUAGACCAAGAUGUCUUAUGUUAGACCGGAGAUUGUGAUUCAGCUAGUCAAUCUAAACAGUCAAAUUACAAACCCCGUAAAAACUCGAAUUUCUGCUCAUUUUAAAUUAAAAAGCACAGAGUGUUUCCAUUAACAUUUAACAUUUUCUCUAGGAGAUUUGAGGUAUAUGACUGUUCAGUGUUACAUAAUAACUAUGGUUUAAACAAACACUAUGUGGUGACUUGAUUUGGAAUAUUGAAACUUUGGUUUUGUGUUCAUUUAUUCUAAGACCAACAUUAACAAAAAACAAACAGGUUCUCAGCUUUGAGGCUCGAAAGAUUUUUCGCUCUUCUACAACUCUGGACAGGAUUUAAAUAUUUAUACACAUUUAUGUUAUUUGCUGAACCUGGCACAUUACAGAUCAUUGCACACAUAGACAAUAGGAAUACAACACAGUAAAA